GAACUGCGGUUUAAACAGAGGUUGCUGCGCCUAAACAAGUUAUCCUCCCCUAUCUGGGUCUCUUUUUCUCUGUUGUACUGCAGCUCUUCUCAGAUGGUCCAUCUGUCACCCACCUGCAGCUGAUCUUAUACUCACACCGCAGUCACAACAUGAGCAUACGGAAACUGAGUUUCAAAUGGUUUGGUAGCCUCACCAACCUCUCUUUUCGCCGUUCCUCUGACUCCAAGUCCUCUCCUUCCAAGUCUGGGGAAGGAUGUGUGCCUGGAGAUGGCACCGACUGUGGUGCCGCCAAUGCACCCCUGGAUCCAGUUGUCGAGACGAUGGACGACAUGGGCGCCAUGCGUCCUCGCACUGCCAGCUACGUCCGCUCCAGUGAGAGCUACACACACAUGGGUACGCUGCCACGGCUGCUGAGGAGGAGAAAAGACAAGAGUAGUAAAGGAGGCCCCAGCAGCAGUAAGAAGGGUAAGGAAAAGAGCAGCAUCAGCAGAAGUCAAAGCCAGCGUCCUGCAGGGGAGCGAGACCCUAGACCCCUAAAGCUGACAGCCGCAUCAACCAGAGUGUGUAGAGAUGAAGCUGGAGCUAAAGCAGACAAUGAGCUCAGCAAAGACUCUCUAACUGAUCCCAGAACCCAGCCUGGACCUACAGGUGAAACUGAUGUCACAAACACCAUCUCUGCCAUGUCGCCAUCUGGUGGCUCAAGUGCUGCACUCCAACCAGAGACUAGUGACAAGCAGAACAUGACCUCUGAGGAGAUGUCAUCAGUUCCACUCAGCCGGGGGGAUGAUCAGACCCAGACUCGUGAGGAUGAUGUUUUAGAACCCGGGCCUGUAUCAGACCCGAAGGAGGAGGCAGAGAGCAGAGUGCUGACCGAGGGAAACUCAAAAUCUGACUGCAUGAACAGCCACAUGGAGCCAGCAGAGAGCCAGGCGGAAUAUGUGCAGUUCUCCAAGGAGAAGUACCUGCUGGAGUCUCCUCCUGAGAAACUACGUAAGGAGCUGGAGGAGGAGCUGAAACUGAGUGCUGCUGACAUCAGGAGCCAUGGCUGGUACCAUGGACAUAUACCCAGAGAGGUGUCAGAGACUCUGGUUGUACGUAAUGGAGAUUUCCUUGUGCGUGACUCUCUGACCAGUGUGGGUGACUACGUUCUGACCUGUCGAUGGGACAAUGAGGUGCUGCACUUCAAGAUCAGCAAAGUCCUGGUCAAAUCCAAUGAGACCAAGGUGCAGUAUGUGUUGGAGGCCGAUAGCUUCGACUCGGUCCAGGAGCUGGUGCGGUUUUACAUUGGCCAGCGCAAACCGGUCUCCCAGUCCAGCGGUGUCCACAUCUACUGUCCGGUGAGCAGGACGCUCCCUCUUCGCUACCUGGAGGCCACCUUCGCUCUGGCGUGCAGCAAGCAGAGCUCCGCCUACUCACCAUCCAGUCAGAGGGGAGCGUACAUCAAGAGACGGAGCGUCACCAUGACCGAUGGGCUGACGACGGAGAAGAUGAUACCUCACAGUGACUCAGACAGUCCCAGUCCUGUUAAGACACCCGUGGCACCACCAGAACCAGAACCAGAGCCGGAACCUGUGCCCAACUGCAGCCCGUCGACAAUCCACCACCAUAAAGACGCAAUGCGGAACUGUGCGAUGAGCAUGGACCAGAUUCAGGAGUAUCGCUGCCCCUUGUCACCUGUUGGGGAGACCCCACUGUCUCCUGCAUAUAGUGCUAUCACCAGGCAGAGAGCCCACUCAAGCGGGAGGGUCCUUGCUGUCAUCCCACCCUCGCCCCAGAUGCGUCGAUCCAGCGACCCUCAGCUCAGCCCCUCGGCCAGUAACAACCCUCCAGAGCAUCCCGCGUUUACCUCUCACUCGGCUCACUCAACGCCCGCCCAUCAUCCCGGCUACCAAUCACAUUCCUCGGAAACAGCAGGGAGCUACUGUGACCUCAGACCUUGUCCCGCUGGGCCCCCUAAACCCCCCACCAAGAGCUACGUGGAGCGAUUGCGAGUGGAAGAAGGGAGGGAGGACGGAGCGAGGGUGGAAGGAGAGGGGAUGUUCAGCGCCCCACAGGUGGAGACAGCGUCCUCGUUCAGGCCGUCCAGGUACGAGUCUUGCCUUAUGCCAGCUGAGAAUAAGCCUCUGGAGAUGUCGGUGCUGAAGAGAGUCAAAGAGCUGCUUGCUGAGGUGGACGCAAGGACCGCGGCUAAACACAUCACCAUGGCGGACUGCACGGUGGCUAGAAUAUUAGGUGUAACCUCAGAGAUGCAAAGGAUGAUGGGAGUGUCCUCGGGGUUGGAGUUACUGACACUACCACAUGGACACCAGCUAAGACUUGACCUACUGGAGAGGUUCUACACCAUGUCUAUCAUGAUGGCAGUGGACCUGCUAGGCUGCACGGGAAGCACAGAGGAGAGGGCGGCCCUGCUCCACAAGACCAUCCAACUGGCAGCCGAGUUAAAAAGCAACCUGGGCAACAUGUUUGGCUUUGCUGCAGUGAUGAGAGCCCUGGAGUUGCCACAGAUUUCCCGCCUGGAACAGACGUGGGUGACUUUACGCCAGAGACACACAGAGGGCGCUAUUCUAUAUGAAAAGAAACUCAAACCUUUCAUGAAGAAUAUGAACGAUGGCAAAGAGUCAAAUGCCCUCUCCAACACUUCCGUCCCCCACAUCAUCCCCGUCCUGUCCUUAUUGGAGCGAGGCAUGGCGGUUGGGGAGGCGCUGGAGCCCUGGGAGAGUGCCGAGGUGGGAGUAGAUGUGGUGAUGUACCACCUAGAGGCUGCCCGUACCAUCGCAAAUCACGGGGAGAUCUACAGAACCAACACUGAGAGUAAACUGCAGGGAUUCCAGGAGCGAGCAGAAAUACACGAGAUCUUCCAGACAGAGUUUCAGAUGCGUCUCCUGUGGGGCAGCCGCGGCUCUGAGGGCAGCCAAUCAGAGCGCUACGAGAAGUUCGACAAGGUUCUCACCGCUCUCUCACACAAGCUGGAGCCUCCUGUGCGCCACAGCGAGCUAUAGCACCUGCCCAAACAACCGGCAUCUCCAAAACACCCCCAUAUGCACACACCACUCAUUGUGGUAUGGUCUUGUUUUGCGUCGUAAAGGAUGAUGUGGAAGAGUCCAGCGUGAACACUGGGAAGGGGGGCAGGAGAUUGAAUGAAGAGGCAGCUAACAGAGCAUGUGCAGUGAGAAAGACAGAAAAGAGGGUCUCACUUAUACCACGUGUUGCACUCAAUGUGUACUUCUCUUUCUGUUCCUCCCUGUGAACUUCCUCACUUGGCGCUUAAAAUAUUUAAAUGACGUCGGAGAGAGAGGACAAGCUAAGUGGAAAAGAAGAUGGGGAGGAGGGUGUCCCGCUCCUCUGCUUGGUACAAACAGUAACAUGUGCACGGUGUGUCCCGAGGGCCGGACAAAGCUGCAGAGUUUGGCUUUGCUCCAAUAAAACAGACUUUCUCGUUUCAAACAACUGCUGUCACACACAGCAGGAACGCUAACAAUAACUUACAUAGCUCAUAUAAAGAUGUUCUGUCUCUGUGAGUGAGUGAGCUUCUGUGCGCCUGCGUAUGUUUGUUUACAUUCCUUCAUUUUUGUACGUCAUUAAUGUUUCAUGUAUUUUUUUUUGUCUUUAUUUAUUUGUUUUGAUCAAAGGAUAUCUAAACAUCAUGGACGUUGCUUCGCCAAACUGAUAAGAAUCUGACAGAGCUUAUUCUGAGGGAACCAUAUUCAUAAAACUAUAUUAAAUAUGCAUCAAGCUGUCCCAUUGAAUCCCAUUAAAAAUGUAUCAGGCAUGCAUUAAUAAGUGUGUCAGAAAUGAAACAUUUGCAAAAGUAAUGAAGCAACUUCAAUAUGAGGGCUUUGCGAGUUGUUAAAUAUGUUAAAAGGACAAAGCAACUUCCCUCUGUUGUAGCUGUUUGACUAAUACAUUUGAUAUUGUGUUUCUUGUGCACAUAAUUUAGAUCAAAGCGGCACUAAGAGACGGGGAAACAAUGGGAUGCAUACUCUUUAAAUUUAGUAUUCAAGUAUUUAAACAUACUUUUAAGUAAAUUAUGUUCCAGAAAUAAUUAAAAUGGUUGGUGCAUGCAGCUACAAAUGUUAUACAAAGUCAAAUGUCGCUCUAAACUGCUAAUUUAAAUAUAGCAAUCUGUCAAACUUGAGAAAUAUGCAGAUGAUAAUUUCAAUGUAGAUCUUUUAGGUCUGUAAAAUAAUCUGAAUUGAUACCAAACAGGCAGAGAAAUCUGUUAUCUUCUUUAAUCCAGUUUGAACGCCAAUGAAUGAUAAAAGAGGUUCCAAAACUGAGGCAAAUAAGGACACAUGGACCACAGCCCUGCUGCAGGGAAUGACUUUUAAUUGUAUGUUUUGAGUUUGUGUUUCAGCAAUAGAGCUAAUCCUUUUUAUUGCUUCUGGCUGACUGUUCAGUGUUAAAUCAUUCCUGUAUUUACAGCAUGUUGGCCUGAGAGGGCUGGCGCCAACUCUCAGAGCUAUGCAAUCAUUUCAACCAAGGGCUGAGACCCCUGAGGAACAGACACCCCCCCACACAUUAACAAAAAACGUAUAUUCUUUGUUCUCUCUGAUUAUCUGCAAAUGAAGCAAAGUCAUAUCAGAUAUCAAUCAAUCAGAAAUAAUUCUAAAAAAUACCCCUCUGCCUGAGUUGCAUAUCAGAGAUUCUUAACUGGAUGUUUGAUUGUCCCACUUUCUAGUUUGAGCCUGAUCAUGAGGAGCCAUGUGCCAGUUCACACUGUGGUCCAACAGGGGGCGAUCUUUAGUUAUCAAAACACUGAAUCAUUAAUUGUAAUACAAUAUAACAGGAAGACAUAUAUACAAAAACACAUGUAUUGUGUGUUUUUUGAGACCAAUGUUUGAUACCGAUAUUAUUAGAUAUAAAAUCUACAGGUUUAGGUUUGAUAUCUGAUAACACUGAUGAUGAAAAGGUGAUAGUAGUGUUGAUGUGAUAUGUUUUUAUUUGUCCUCUGUUGAAUGCUGUACAGGAAUGCUCUGACCAUGUGUGGAUACUCCUGUUUUUUAUAACAGGACUGCGUGAGAUGAACGUAAAAAGCAAAAAGAUAAGAAAUGUUUCAGGACUGAUCUAACGAUUUUUUUUUUUACAAACUGUAUAUAGCAAUUCACUGUUUUUUCAAAUAAAAUGAUUGC